AAAUGGAUUAGUAAUUGUAUCUAGUUCAGUUUCCAGUUUUUACCACAAUAGACUGAAUGAAUAGUCUAUUCAUUUUACACUAUUAUGUUUUUUUUACACGUAUGUUUCUGAUAUUUUUUCAUUGUCACAAUGAUUUUUAAUUACUUUAUAUGAUUUUGAUUUGUUAAUGUAUUUCCGUGAUUCAUCAAUAAUUAUACUUAAUCAUUACGUCAUUUACUAAUGCAGAGUUCAAAUAUAUUACAAGCUCAAAGUCUAGUCAAUAGAAUUUGACAGAAAUCCAGUAAUUAAUAUUGCUUGUCAUAGAGAUAUAACAUAUUUUUAGAAUAAUUUAUUGCUUUAUAAAUUACCAUGUUUUUGAAUAAAAUUUUUAAAAGUCAGUUGUUACAAUUAAAUAUAUUAAGAAAAUAUUUAUCAACAACUAAAGCAACAAGUAAAGAAUAUAAAGAAGUUGAAAUAAAAGUACCUUGGGGAAAAUUAACUGGUAAAUAUUGGGGAUCAUCUAAUGUUGAACCAAUUCUUGCACUUCAUGGCUGGCAAGAUAAUGCCUGCUCAUUUGACCCACUGGCACAAAAUUUACCUGAUAAUGUAUCUCUAUUGGCCAUGGACUUCCCUGGCCAUGGCUUUUCUAGUUGGAUACCAGAUGGUAUAAUGUAUAACACUCUGCUUUACGUUCAAGCAGUUCACAGAGUCAAAGAAUAUUAUGGAAUGAAUAAAUUUGGAUUGAUGGGACAUUCUCUAGGUGGAAUGGUUUCUUUUAUGUAUACAUCUUUAUUUCCAAAUAAUAUCAAGUUUGUUAUAGCCUUUGAUUACUUCAAAUAUCCAUCAUUGAAUGCUGCCAAACAUUUACCUUUGUUUGCUAAAGACUGGAAUAAUUUUUUUAAAUAUGAAAAAUUAUCAACUCCAACACCAAGUUACACUGAAGAAGAAGCAAUUAAUAGAUGGAUUAAAGCUACCAGAAAUAGUAUUGAUGAAUCUCUAUGUAAAAUUUUAAUGCAAAGAGGAGCAACAAAAAAACCUGAUGGUUCAAUAUUUUUUCACAGAGAUCCAAGAGUUAAAUUAUUUCUAACUGACACUGGAUUUUCUCAUGAUCAUUUAAAAGUAUUAGCCAUGCAAAUUUAUUGCCCUUGUAUGAUAAUAAAAGGUGAAAAUUCUAGACAUAAUGAACCUAAAGAAUUUAGUGAUGAUGUUCUAAAAGUUAUUGAAAAACAUUCAUCUGAUUUUCGAUUUCACACUGUGCCUGGUACUCAUCAUUUUCAUAUGAGUAAUGCAAAACAAGUAGCAGAAAUAAUUAGCCCUUUUGCUCAUCAGUAUAUUAAUUGAAAAAUUCAACAAUUAGAUGUCUAAAACAUUGUAAAUAAAAUUUUAUUUAUAUAAAAA